AUGCGAAUUGGCUCGGUCGGCCUCUCCUCCUCCAACAUUGGCAACCGCAGCGCCGGGUCGUUUUGUAAAGAAUUAAAGGGCCUCAACAAGCGGCAGAUGCGGUUUUGCCGCAAGAACGUCGGGUUGAUGGACUCGGUGCGGAGGGGGGCGCAGAGCUCGUACACCGAAUGCCAAUAUCAGUUCCACAAAAGGAGGUGGAACUGUACUCUAAUCGAUCCGUUGACCCAUAAAGUCAUCGGUGAUGUUCUUCUGGCUGAGGGGACUCGCGAGAGUGCAUUUGUACAUGCGAUAUCGGCGGCUGGUGUCUCUUACAGAGUCACCCGUGACUGCGCCAAGGGCCUCAACGAAGGCUGUGGCUGCGAUCAGACACGACAUGAAAUUCCGGAACUAUCGACGGAAAGUGUCCACACAAUUGUCCCCAGGAAAUCCAACUCAUCCGCGCAAGCCGAGCAGACCGUCGUCAAUCUGCAUAACAACCGUGCUGGCCGGGAGGCACUCGGAGCCUCACUCCGUCGGGAAUGCAAAUGUCACGGCAUCAGCGGCUCUUGCGAGAUCAAGACUUGCUGGGAUGCGCUGCCAUCUUUCCGGGAAAUCGGCGCCACCAUCAAGGACAAAUUCGAUGGAGCGACGGCCGUUCAGAUCGUAAUGGAAGGGGAUAAGCCCCGAAUACAAGGCAAAACAAACCAGUACCGCCGUCAUACCAACGCCGAUUUGGUGUUCACUUCUGACUCGCCGGAUUAUUGUUUACCAAAUCCGAGUCUCGGGAUUCUGGGAACGAAGGGCCGAGAAUGUAACGCGACCAGUUACGGAACUGAUGGCUGCGAAUUGCUCUGCUGCGGCCGAGGCUACGAGCGCGAAGUAAAAGUUGUCCAAGAAAAGUGCAACUGCAAGUUCGUCUACUGCUGCAAGGUCGUCUGCGAGCAGUGCACGCGGUCCAUCGAAAGACACUAUUGCCUU